GUUCUGGUUCUCGUUUUUAAGGUAUAAUAUAAACAAGUGGAAUCCAUAAAGGGGUCGCUUCCCCCCAAAUAUCAAAAGGAAAUUCAGCAGUUUUUAAUUUAUUUUUCAUUUUGUCGCUAGAAACACAAAUAUCAAUGAUUUUUCCGUUUUGUUGUUUACUGUUCAUAUUUUUAAAUCAACUAUUACACUCAAAUGUUUCGUGUUCAUUGGUGGGUAGGUCUCCUGGGCCUCCUUGUUUUUGAUUAGCUAGUGUGCCCAGUCAACUACAACACAUCUAUGUAUUUUUAAGCUAAAGGUGAUACACAAUAUAAACUGGAUACUGUUACAUUUCAAAAGGAUAUAUAUGGCCAUGUUAAGCUAUGUUUAGGACAAACAAUUGAAGACUGCUUGAAUUGAAUAAAUUCUACCAUAUAAAAAUGGCAGAUUAUGUUGCUUUAUUAAACAGACAGGAGGUUGCUUACCAAGAGAAUUAGGAACAUGCUCACAGCUUACUGUGUUGGUCUGAAGAGCUGAAGCAUGUGUUCAUACACAAUGGAUAAAACUGGGUUGUCUCAUUGUUUAUCCCGUGAGAAAAUGAUAUACAUUUACAAUCAAAACUUGGCAAACUAUUCCUAACCUGAGGAAGAUAUAUGUCAAAUAAAACUUCAGAGUAAAACAAAAAAUAAAAAACUACAUUUCUUAAUCUGCACCAGUUUAAAAAAACUGUAAUCUGGGUCAGGGGCCCGAACUGGAGCCAGAAGCAUUUUUAUUGGGGCAGGAACCGGGAGCAUGGCGGCUGGGGCCCGGGCUGAAAGGCAUUUAGAACAAGUACAACAUGUGUGAUUAAUAAGAUAAAAUAUUUAAAUCGAUUGAAAGCCCAAGAAGAAUGUUUUUGGUUUGAGCAAAAAAGAUGCUGCUUUUAUUUAGGCCUUUAUUACAUUAUUUUAUUUGUGGAUGGAGCAUCUACAAUGCUAAUGAGCUUAGCCUUGCACAGAUAGAUCCAAACUCCAAUCAGAAAACCAGCAAUUUAAAACUUUUGUUGCAUGUUUUGCAGACAGAAAUAACAAAGCGUUAUUUAGGCUGUUUGCAAAUUGAUUGACAUAAACUUCUUCCAGCUAAAAAUGUUCACUGCUUUCCGAACAAUGAACCCUGGAUCACUAGUGACCUGAAACAGCUUUUAAACAAGUCCGGGGACAAAUUAUUGCAGAGGAGUAUCCAGCACGACCUGAGGGACGAGCUGAGGAAGAGCAAGGAUUCCUACAGGAAGAAGCUGGAGGCCAAGCUCCAGCAGAACAAUAGCAAGGAUGUGUGGACUGGAAUGAAGGCCAUCACGGGGUUCAAGGGGAGAGACAGGUUGAUGACCGGCACCUUGGAGAGGGCUAACGAGCUGAACACCUUCUUCAAUAGGUUCAUCUACCCCCUGCUGCUGUCUCCCCCACUUCACACCUCACCUCCACCACUCAUCCUGGCUUCAACAUCCCCCAACUGCUCUCUAUGCCUUCAACGCAGCCUUACAGGGAAGAGGAUGAGGGUCCCCACCAGUAAACUUCAGCAGCUCACCAUCUUCACCACUGUGCUGACCGGGGGGGGGGUAGGCACCAUGUACUAUCUGAUGCAGAAGACAUUUGCUGAGUCAGACUACCACAGAAUGGCGCUGCAGAAGUUGGAGGCGUGUCCCGUUGCCAUGGAAGGGCUUGGGGCCCCACCUUUAAAAGUCCACAACAUUCAUCUUUCAGACAAAAACAACCGCAUAGAUCAGCGCACUGCACAGAUAAAGAUCCCUGUGACUGGUUCCCAGACUGGAGGUUAUCUGUAUACCUAUUCAACGAGAGACCUGGACACCAACAGGUGGAGUCUCAAGCAAGCCGUUCUGAAACUGAAGGAAGGACAGAUCAUUGACCUGCUGAACCCUCCUGCAGCACAGAGCGCUGACACAGAGCUGCGAUACAGAGCGGUGACACAGAGCGGUGAUCCAGAGCUGUGAUCCAGAGCUGACACAGAGAUGUGAUCCAGAGAACACAAAGGGGCUGCACACACACCCGGGCAGCUGUCUGUCUAACCAACAGAAAGAACAUGGAUGUAUAUUAAACCAAAUGCCAAAUCCUUUGAAGGGACUUUGAACGUCACAGCUUCUCACAGCUUCUUACAGACUGAUCUGGAUUUGUUGAUAUGUUGGAUUAAAUAAUGGAAUGAAGGCUUUUUUCUUUUUUGUACUGACUGCUGGGGUCAUUUUGAUUUCACAGGAUAAUGUAUUUAGAACAUUUAUCAACACUAGUCGAUGGAGGGGUAGCAUACUUGCUGCAAUUAAAGAAUUCCUACAAUGUAAAUAGACAAUUUUAGUGAGAUGCUUUUCAACCAGAUAAAAAAUAAAUAUGCCACAUUUCA